CGGGGGGAGCCAUCAUGGAGCCAGACUGUGGCAGGAGCUGUCAUGGGGCUGCCUCGUGCUGCAGAGGGCAGUGGGAGCUUCACCGUGAUGGGGACACGGGCGUGCUGCCUCACAGCCACCCCAGGACCUUUCCUUGUCCCCAGGCUGUGCCAUCUCCCCCGUCUGCUGGACCCGUGUCUCCCACCUGGGCUGAGAUGGCGGCGAGCCGGGCACUGAGUGCCCUGCGCCUCCAGGCCGCGUUCCGGCCGCCGCUCGCCGCCUGCGUCCGCAGCAACUCCAACCGCGCCGCCAUCUCCCACCUGCACCGGCAGCUCUACGGCCGCCUCUACCCCGUGCUGCUGGUCAACACCGACGGCUCCACCGUCCGCCUGCGCUACAGGGAGCCCAAGAGGAUCCUCAUGCUGCCCCUGGACAGCAGCACGCUGCCCGAAGCCGAGCGCAAGGCUCGCCUGCGCCGGCACUUCCCCAGCAAGCCCAAGGCCAAGGAGGAGGAAACCUUCGAGGGCAUCGACUUGGACACCUACAAGAAGUUCUGGAAGAAGUGAAGCCCUGAAACCAGAAAUGUGUAGCUAUAUAAAUAAAUAUAUACAAGUAAA